AUGUGUCACUUAGCACAGACUAAACGUAUUCGAGAUGUCACCGGGACAGACCCAAACUAUCCGUACAGAUGUAACGCAUUGCACACCCGUUUCUCUCUGCCCAGGGCUGCAAGCACAGAGAAUAUGAAGCCUGUGUGUGAGCAGGAUGUCUGUGUGCUGCGCUCGGCCCAAGUGCAUGAUCUCGUAGGUGUCUUCCUGUGGAAGUGCCAUGAGGAGAACAAGGUGGGUGGUGAUUCUGGAGUGGAGAUCGACCAGAAGGGCGUAGACGCGUACGAACUACGGGAUAUCGAAGACGGUGUCCCCAGUUUGGACUGGCCGCCUCUGCCUGGCACGCAAGACCUGUCAAAGUUUGCCUUUGACACUAUGGCGAUGGUACGUGUACCCAGGAAAGAAAAGAAAAAAAUAAAAAAGGAGUACGUCGUAGUCACCACACCCGGCGGUAGAAGCACAGUGCCCAUUGACCUCGAUUGUACAGUCAGUGAACUCCUCAAAAUGGUGAGUCUGUUCAUUUUGUCUGUAGGUAAACGCAUGGACGAUUUCGAACCCAGCGACACCCAUCAGAAAGAGCAGUCGGCGGAGAAGAACGAGCGCGAGGAGAAGUUCAAGACUUACACUUCAGAGUCCUUUGCCGUGUACAAGAAGAUGAAUAUCUUUGGCAAAAAAGAGGAGAUGGUGUUUGUGAUUGAGGGCGAUAAGCUCUCUAUCAUCCCCACAAUCAUGGACUCCACCAACUCAUGGACACCCCGCAGCACCUGGAACGAUCUGAGAAUGGCACAUGGGCGCCAUACGCCGCAAAAACUGUUGUACUACAACAUGGACGAUGUAGUGCGGGCGUGUUUAGUACCGGAGAAAUCUGAUCGCACAUUCCAGUUUGUGGUAGCCAGUAAGAAGCCUGUCACGGGGAUGACGGAGUACAACACGCACGAAUUUGAGACAAAAAGAGUGGAGGAUGUGGCACGUGUGAUCCGUAAAAUGGACCGAAUUCUCAACACGCGGAAAAGUGAAGCCAGAACCAACUACGAUGCCUACUUAGAGGCACAGGAAGCGGCACCCAAACGACGAUGGGUGUAG